GAAGCAUGGUAGAGAUUGUGUGGUUGUGGGGAAGAUUUAGAACCGUCUUAGGGAGUGUAGCGCAGACUUCGGUAAACAGGUGUAUCAUGAAGUUAUUUAGGGAUAUAUGCGUAUUGGGAUGUGACUUGAGGUUGAUGCCUUACUUAAAGAACGUUAUUGAGAAAGGAAUUAGUGAUGGUUUAAUUGAUGGUUGAAGGCUUUGAUAAGUCAAGGCAACGUCAAGACGUAAAGGAGGAGGCCUUGUGGAGAGCCCGUUGGUCGACACUACCUGUCGAUACCCUCUUGAGGCGCUGACACGUGCCUCAAGGAUUUUAUUUUUGUAUCUGUUCGUUUCUAUUUGAUUGGUGUAGGUAUCUAGUAGAAACCUUAUUCUUGUUUAUGUUUGCAGGUGCACCGGGCUCAUCCCGUCGACCUUGAGUUCGAAGCUUGAGGCAUUUUGAAGAAUUUGGUGAGCGCGCCACAUAACAUUCUUCAGAAGGUCCUUAUCAGAUGGCAAUAUUCUCUGUGAAGAAACACCUUUAUACCCUGCCAAGCGUGUUGGUGUUAAGAAGCAUGUAUAUUCUAAUUUGGCUUUGUAUGAAAGAAAUGUACAAAAAGAAUCUGGCAAGGGUCUAUCUGAUUUCACUCCGGAAAUGACAAGUGAUGGUGAAGUUUCCGGCUCCAGAUUCGUGGCAACGGCGGCAUGCAGACAACUCUUUCCAGAUGCAAAUAGAGAUUCUUACUUUAACAGCGCUGUAAGUGAGCACAGCCCUGGGAGCAUUCUAAGCAGCUCAAAUUUCGUAGGCAUUGAUUGGUUGUCAUCAUCUGGUAACUCUUGUGAGGAUGAAACUUAUGAAGGAUCUGCACUCACCAAUUCCCCUGUUGCUGGCCAAUCAUUGGAGAAUGUGAUAACCGGUGUCCCUGCUGAAACGAUAUCCCAAAGUGAGCAGGGAGGAAGCAUGAAGGAAGAAGAUGCGACAGUGAUAGAGCAAGCUUUGCAGGACAGAUCUUCCAAUAUACACGAGUUGUCAGAUAGUUUCGUGCAAUGGGUUAUCCAUGGAGAGACCCUGUGUAACUGUACAUAGUCCUGACCAUUUUCCUGGAAUAUCUUGUUUUUCAUUUUCCCUGACCCAUAAGAUGCAAAAUGGAGAUAGGGUUUUGCACUUCAGGAAAAUAAACAGAUAAAGGAACAGAGUCAAAGGCACCUCUAGCAGACUAACGUUUGCCAGCACCAGCAUUCUUUUCAAGAUAUCCUUGGUGGACAUGCUAUUGGAUCAGUGAAAAUACAUGACCGAAUUCAACAUACGUCUGAGGGCUAAAUAGUCAUGACAUUCUUUGGAUCCCCUUGUCCUUCUUGGACUUAGAGCCUCAAAUGGGGUAGAUGAUUUAGUGUUUCCUGUACAUAUUGUGCUCCAUAUUGGUUGUCAUUGGACUCCAAUGUCACAAUAAUCAAGAUGAAAUCUUUCCUGUUCAUAUGUGGCAUGUAAAUAUCGUUUUGAAAUUGCAUAUGUUUAAGCAUUUGGAAUUACCA